CCUCCCGUACCCCCUCCCUUCCUCGGUCACUGAAACAACUCACACACACACACACACACACACCCAAACCCAAAUUCGAUUGAUGUAACAAGAUUUCGAAAUGGCGUUCGAUAUCCCGACGGAUCUGAUCCGGCAAGUCCAGAUCUCCCUCCGAAACCAAGCCGGACUCUCCGACUACGACCCGGAAGACCCGACCCUGCCAGCCCUCCCUUCCCUUGGAGCUUCCAUCGCUGCGUAUGACCCUUCGCCGCCGUACCUUCGGUGCAAGCAUUGCAAAGGGAGACUCCUCAGAGGCUUACAGUCAGUGAUAUGCGUAUACUGUGGUAAACCGCAUCAAAACGACGUCGCUCCUGAACCCAUCUCCUUCAAUUCCACAUUUGGGUAUCGUUGGUUGCUCGAAUCACUCGACCUAGAAGAAUCCGAAAAGGUUGGAGCAUCUGGAGAAGAAAAUGAAUUUAAGAGAGGACAGAGUAUGCCAAAAGAGGAUAUUUCAUUGUCUGAACUCUUAGAUUUGAAAAUUGCAUGGCCAGCUGAGCGGAACAAACCGGAGAUUACUGUCACAAAGCCAACCCUGCAACCGAGCAACACCUCUUCAAAUUUUACUGGAGUUGACCUGGACAACUUCUUUUCAGGUCCAAGGGGUGGUACUGUGCUCAACAUAUCUCAAGAACAGCCAGGAAUAAACGAACAGAUUGAGAGUACACACAGUAAAGCAUUUGCAGGUCUAGAUAAUCCUAGUGUAUUUCAGAAUGUUCAACCUUCUGAGACAGCUAUCAGGUCUUUUGUAGAUGAGAGUGGUGAUGCAUUUUCUGGAUGGGAGGCAGAUUUUCAGUCUGCGAAUUCUGGAAAUCAACCUGAGAGUGCCAAGUCAGUUGAUCCUUUUGUAGGUUCCACAGUUGAUGUUUCCACCCACAGGGGCUUGGUGUCUGGACGGACAAAAGACUUCAAAGAUGGAAAAUUGAAGGACGAUUCCACCCCUUCUCCUUCUGUGAGUAAUGAUUGGAUUCAAGAUGAUCAAUCGAAUAUUCCCCCUAUGGUGUCUCAGCAGGAUGAUCAAAUUGAUGCAACAAUAACACUGAAGGAUGAUCCAUCCCUCCCUUCUGUGACUAAUGAUUGGAUUCUACAGGCUGAGAAGUUUGAUGACAUUGUUAAAGCUAAGGAAGAUCCAGGGCUUGAUGAUGCAAACAAAGCUUCUUCUACAAGUGUUGGUUGGCUUCAGGAUGAUCAUUGGCUAGCAAACAACAAGAAUGCACCCAACAAUAAAACGAUUAAUGAAGACAAUGAUUCAUUCGAUGAAUGGAAUGAUUUUGCAAUCUCAAGUAUUGCUCAGGACCGUUCUACAAGUGCCUGGACACAAAGCGGUAAUGAAAGUGCAGCUGUUAAUGAACAGGCUUCAGAAAGAAGCUUUCUCAGCUCAACUAACAACUUUGAAGAUAUGGAUUUUGGUAACUUUUUGCAUCCAGAUCCCUUUUCUGGUUCGCUUGGCAAUCAAAAUGGAUCUGCAGGGGAGAAUAAUAUCCUGCCAGAAGUUACUGCUUCAAACAGGAUUGCUGAUGCCAAAACCGAGGUUGGAGGUGAUGGUGGAGAAGCUGCUGAGAGUAUAGACAUUUUCAGUACUACCACACGGCCAAAGGAUGAUGUAGAGACGCUGCUUUCACAGAUGCAUGAUCUUUCUUUUAUGCUAGAAAGCAAUCUUUCAGUUCCCACAAAAUUAGAUAGUCUUAAUUCUUCUGCCCAAGAUUGAGACCCAGUUAGUGUUUUCCAGGGUUCGGAUAUGUACUCAUGUUCAUUGUAUUUACAGCAUGUAUUGUGGGACUAAUAGUUGCACGAAAAUCCCAAUGGCUUAUUAAUUUUUCCUCUGGUGAUAGUAUGCAGUAUAACGAAAACACACUUCAGCUGCAAUAACUUGCA